GUAGACAAGAUGCUCACCACAUUUCAGAUCACGUCGCUAACGAGCAGCAUCCAAAAUCCGACGCCGAACAAUUUCUAAACAGUUAGAACCCAUCCCCGGAUUCCUCUCACUAUUAAUAGCACUGUAACAUAUUUAAGUCCCCGUCAUGGAGCGGCGCGCCGCGCGCGUGUGAUAUGAGCGGAUGUGUGUGUGAGGUGUGAUGUGAUCGCAGCUCGUCCGUCUCUACGGCUUUUCUCCACAAGUUGUUUUUCAACGUCAAAAGAAAGACAAGGAUGGAGACCGCGAUCAGGCUGGAUCCCGAACACCGAUAGCGUCGGAGGCGAUUUUAACACCGAAAAAAAAAAAAAAAGAAAGAAAAGAAAGAAAGAAAGAAAGAAAAGCGUAAAAAAAUGCGCGAGAGGUUUUUGCGCGCGCGUGUCCAAAUAACGCAACGCACCGACGCCGGAACUUUCCUCGCACCCUGAAAGCAUAGGGCUGUCCACAAAGCAUAGGACUUCUUCAGCCGGCACAGCAUCCGAUGGAGCACGGAGACCUGUAGAACGCUGAGAGCCGGUUCCGAGAGGAUAGGGAUGUUUGGGAUGUUUGGGAUGUUUGGGAUCGGGAAGAGAAAGCUAUUCGGGAUCAUUUCCGUGCCGCUCCUGGUGGCACUGAUGUGCUGCGCUCAGAGCGUCAAUGAACCAGGUAACAUGUCCUUCGUGAAAGAGACCGUGGACAAGCUGCUGAAGGGAUAUGACAUCCGUCUCCGACCUGACUUUGGAGGAGCGCCAGUGUCAGUUGGGAUGACCAUCGACGUGGCGAGCAUAGACAUGGUGUCUGAAGUCAACAUGGACUUCACGUUGACGAUGUAUUUCCAGCAGUACUGGAGGGAUAAGCGUUUAGCGUACACGGGGAUUCCUCUGAACCUGACCCUGGAUAACAGAGUGGCUGAUCAGCUGUGGGUUCCUGACACCUACUUCCUGAACGAUAAGAAGUCCUUCGUCCACGGCGUGACGGUGAAGAACCGCAUGAUCCGCCUUCACCCGGACGGAACCGUCCUCUACGGGCUGAGAAUCACCACGACUGCUGCUUGCAUGAUGGACCUGAGGAGAUACCCGCUGGAUGAGCAGAACUGCACCCUGGAGAUAGAGAGCUAUGGCUACACGACCGACGAUAUCCAGUUCUACUGGAAUGGAGGAGACAACGCCGUAUCCGGGGUGUCCCAAAUCGAGCUUCCUCAGUUCUCCAUCGUGGACUACAGACUGGUGUCCCGGAACGUCGUCUUCUCCACAGGAGCUUAUCCACGCCUGUCACUCAGCUUCAAGCUGAAGAGGAACAUCGGAUAUUUCAUCCUGCAGACCUACAUGCCUUCCAUCCUGAUCACCAUCCUGUCCUGGGUCUCCUUCUGGAUUAACUACGAUGCUUCAGCAGCGAGAGUAGCUUUAGGUAUCACGACCGUCCUUACCAUGACCACCAUCAACACCCAUCUCCGAGAAACGCUGCCCAAGAUCCCGUACGUCAAAGCCAUAGACAUGUACCUGAUGGGCUGCUUCGUCUUCGUCUUCUUAGCGCUACUCGAAUACGCCUUCGUCAAUUAUAUCUUCUUUGGACGAGGCCCUCAGAUGCAGAAGAAAAUGGCAGAGAAGGCAGAGAAAGCCAACAACGACCGCACUAAAUACGACGGAAACAAGUCUGUUCAGGAGGGAGGGAAUUGCAAAGCGUCGGGAGUUAAACAGUCCAAUCAGGUACAAGGUCACCGUCACUCACGAGGGGUGGACUCUCAGGGGAACAUCCUGCUGACCACGCUGGAGAUCCAUAAUGAAGUGGCUGGGAACGAGAUCACUACCAGCGUCAGCGAUGCGAGAAACUCCACCUCCGUGAUGUUGGAUAACUCAGGGAUCCAGUACAGGAAGGCGAGCGGACCACGGCGGCACAGCGUGGAGCGAAACGCACAGCCUAAAAAGGCUCGACUGCGCAGACGCUCUUCACAGCUGAAGAUCAAAAUCCCGGAUCUUACAGACGUCAACGCCAUCGAUCGAUGGUCACGGAUAAUAUUCCCCGCCGUGUUUUCCCUUUUCAAUCUCAUCUACUGGCUUUACUACGUGAAUUAAGCAACACGCCAAAAAAAAAAUAAAUAAAAAAAAAAAAACAAUAUUUUUUUCCCUUUCUCUUAACUUUGACAUUUUACAGCUAAAGGACACGUUUUGUUUUUUUCUCCAUUUUUCAAGGACGGGAUUUUUCGAGGGGGUUUUUUUGUACAUGCGAACGUACCAACAGACAAUGUGCACACCUACAGACAGCUUCAUAUGA